ACACUUCCUGAUCAUCCCACCACCAGUACUAUACGUGCACCGGCAAAGCUGCCUCCUCCGCCACCGCAGGCAACUCCGGCGAUGGAAUCUCCACCAUCUUCAUUACCAAUUAUUCAUGACGAUCAUCCACCGCCGGACCCACAGAAACAGUUGAGCAGUGAGCUGGAAGACAUACUGUCCAGCAAAGAAGCACCGGUCUUUCGCCGCCUUCGAGCCGCCGUCGGGGUAGAAGUGAAGCUGCUAUGUCGGCUCGCGGCGCCGGCGGUGGGCGUUCACCUGAUUAACUUCGCCAUGUCGGCCUCCACACAGAUCUUCUGCGGCCACCUGGGCAAUCUUCAGUUUGCUGCUGCUUCUCUUGGAAACAAUGGCAUCCAAAUCUUCGCUUUUGCCCUCAUGCUUGGGAUGGGAAGCGCCGUGGAAACACUCUGCGGACAGGCAUAUGGCGCCGGGAAAUUCGAAAUGCUCGGAAUUUACCUCCAAAGAUCGACUCUUCUUCUCACUGCCGUCGCAGUAGUCCCCACCAUAAUUUACAUCUUCGCCAAGCCGAUCCUCACAUCAAUGGGCCAAUCCAAGGAGAUCGCAUCGGCGGCGGCUUCGUUCGUGCUCGGCCUCAUCCCGCAAAUCUACGCCUACGCCGCCAACUUCCCCAUCCAGAAGUUCCUGCAAUCGCAGAGCAUCGUGACGCCCAGUUUGGCAAUGUCGGCGGCGGCCAUGGGGCUCCACCUUGUGCUGAGCUGGGCGGCAGUGUACAGGAUGGGGCUCGGCUUGUUUGGCGCCGCGGCGGCGCUGAGCUUGUCGUGGUGGCUGAUGGUGGUAGCGCAGUUUGUUUAUAUAGUGGUGAGCCCGAGGUGCAAGCACACUUGGGCGGGUUUUAGCCGGCAGGCAUUCUCUGGAUUGCCGGCGUUUUUCAGGCUAUCGGCUGCUUCGGCUGUGAUGCUGUGCUUGGAGGGCUGGUACUAUCAAAUCCUUCUGUUGUUGGCUGGCCUGCUGCAUGACCCUAAGUUGGCUUUGGAUUCUCUAUCAGUCUGCAUGACAAUCUCUGGCUUUACCAUCACACUCUCAUUUGGGCUUAAUGCAGCUGCAAGUGUGAGAGUGGGCAAUGAAUUGGGAGCAAGACAUCCAAAAUCAGCGGCAUUUUCAGUGGUAGUAGUGAACACUGUAUCUUUGCUCAUCUCAGUGGCUGAAGCAAUCACUGUGAUUGCACUCCGAGAUGUGAUCAGCUAUGCCUUCACAGAGGGUGAAGUUGUAGCCAAAGCUGUAUCACACCUCUGUCCACUCCUUGCCAUCACUGUCCUCCUCAAUGGUGUCCAGCCCGUUUUAUCAGGUGUGGCUGUUGGGUGUGGAUGGCAAGCUUUUGUGGCAUAUGUGAACAUAGGGUGUUACUAUCUGGUUGGAAUCCCAUUGGGCUGUUUACUUGGUUUCUACUUCAAAUUGGGAGUGAAAGGCAUAUGGACAGGGAUGAUAGGCGGCACCCUCAUGCAGACCAUCAUCUUGAUUUGGGUCACUUGUCGAACUAAUUGGACAACUGAGGUGGAAAAGGCAGUGAAAAGGGUGGAGAAGUGGGAGAAAAAGUAACCGUUACCCUCAAUCUGUUGAAGGGCUUUCAAAAUUUUUAACCAUUUUUGAUGUAUUGGUUGGAUUAAUCACAAAUCCUCCACCCUCAGAAUAAAAUAAAAUAAAAUAAAAUAAACCUAAU